AUAACAGUUUUUAAGUGUGUCUCCCUGAGGAAUUAAUUUUUUUCAUUAUUGUGAUCCAUGCAUUCUGAAAUAGUAGAAUACUUUCAUUUCAGUGGAAGUGUGUAGUAAGUCUCAGGAAAGGGAUCUCUUUCACAAAAGAUAGUAUUUGGAUUUCUUUUGGGAUUUUAUUCUAUUUUUAAACAGGCUUGUAAUAACUGGCUCCAGCUAUCUUCAUGGACUAGUGCAGUAGUUCUUGAUGUAACUGAACUGGAUGUUUUUGAAUAUAUGAACUUCUUAUUUUAUAUAUGGUCUUCCAUCUUAUCCUUCACAGAGGAUUUAGGGCCAAGCUACAUGUUACACAAGUGGAGUCUCACAUUCUGUCUUAAAAGCUCCUCAGUGACUCAUAUUAGUCUGAAGCUCUUUGCCAUCAGCUUUUCUGACCUGGCACUAUGCAUUCUGAUCCUGGAUCUUUACAAGAAUUGCUUUUUCUUACAGUUUUCUUCUCAACAACAGCUUCAGACUUGAUUCCUCACUUUCUUUCUGAGCCCCUUUCUGUUAUUCAAAAACCUGGUGCAAAUGUAAAACUCGACUGUUCUGCUGAGCCCUCUACAGCCCACGUGUCUUGGCAUUUCAAUGGGGAAAAACUUCACAAGAAUGCGGAUCAAGUAGACAUACAGCCAGGAUCUCUGACAAUCUUUUCUCUCAGUCCAUCAAAUUCUGGUAUCUACCAAUGCAUUGCAAAUAACAGCAUUGGUGCAAUUAUCAGCAGACCUGCAACAGUGUCAAUAGCAUAUCUUGAUGAUUUUGAGACUUCAUGGAGGAACACAAUUACAGUAGAGGAAGGGAAUACUGCUUUAAUCAAUUGCAAUGUGCCAAAAAGUGAUCCAGAGGCACAGGUUCGUUUCCGUGCACGAGGGAAAUGGCUGGAACAAUCAACAGAAAACUACCUAAUUCUCCCAUCUGGACAUUUGCAAAUUUUGAGUGUAUCUUUAGAGGACAAAGGAUUCUACAAGUGUGCUGCAUAUAACCCAAUAACUGAUGACCUGAAAGUUGAACCCUCUGGGCAUAAGCUCAUCAUCAGCAGCUCUUCUUCAAGGGAUUUUGAUAUAAUUCACACUACCAGUUCUCAGACAUUGACAGUACUCGCACACAGCCCUCUGAUGUUGGAGUGUGUUGUUAGCAGGUUGUCUGUGUCUUCUGUCCAUUGGUAUAAAGAUGGUAAAGAUGCACUCGCUAGAGGCAGAUGGAGACUUCUUCACACCCAUCUUACAAUUGACUCAAUUGAUGCAUCAGAGUCUGGAAAUUACUCCUGCGUGGUGGAUAACAAGUUUGGAGUUGUAAAACAUAUAAACUACAGCGUAAAUGUAUUUGAAUCUCCUUCAAUUUCAAAAGGACUGCAAGAUCAAUUAGUAUCUUUAGGUAAAAAUGUGCAUCUUUCCUGUGAAAUACAUGGAACCCCAACACCUAAUCUCACCUGGUACCAUAAUGCAGCUCCUGUCCAUCUUUCAUCACGGCACUUGCUUUCAGGAAACAAGCUGCGAAUUAUUGGUGUCACCAGCGAAGAUACAGGGAUGUAUCAGUGUUUAGUGAACAAUGGCUAUGGAUUUGUGCAUUCUACUGGGAGAAUUCAUUUCCAAACAGAUAGGGGCUCCAAGCCUAUUGUAACCACAAUGCCAGCAAGCAUCAAAGCGACAGAUGGUGAAACAGUCAUGUUGUCUUGCAACGCCACUGGGCUACCUAUUCCUGUCAUCCGUUGGUAUAAUAGCCAAGGGCUGAUUACCAGUCACCCUUCACAGGUUCUUUAUUCAAAAUCAAGGAAGUUUUCCUCACAAGCAAGAACUGGCAGCUCCAUUUCAGACAGAGCCUACUUCAUCAUGUCCCGGGGCAGUUCAAGCUCCCUCUAUGUCCAGCCAGUGACAUCAGAACAUACUGGGAGAUACACGUGUGAGGCAACAAAUGAACAUGGGCUUUCUCGUUCAGAGACUUUUCUUACAGUUGUUUCCUAUGAUGCUAGUACAAAAGCAGAAGAAAUGGUUCCUGUGGAGGCUGCCCAGAGUGAUGAAGGAAAUGGUGAUCGUGAUUUCGAAAUGGACCCUGAAAGCUCAUCUACAACAGAAAUUCUCAUUGAUGAAGUUGCCACAGAAAAAACUUCCAAUGGAAUUUCCCCACCAGAAGCUCCAAUCAUUCUUAGCCCUCCACAAACACUUAAGCCAGACCAGUACAACCUUGUGUGGAGACCUGGAAGGGAUGGUGGCCAACCAAUAAAUUUUUAUUUUGUGAAAUAUCGCAAGUUGGAUGAUAAUAACAAUAUUACUAACUGGUAUACAGUUCGUGUCCCUGGAAGUGAAAAUGAACUUUGUCUCUCAGAACUGGAACCUUCUAGUCUCUAUGAAGUCUUGAUGGUAGCCAGAAAUGUAGCUGGGGAAGGCCAACCUUCCAUGCUUACUUUUCGCACUAGCAAAGAAAGAUCAUCGUCCUCAAAGAAAACCACACAAGCUCCCUUUCAACCUUUUGGCGUUCCUAAGCACCCAAUUAUUCAAGAAAGUGCAGUCAACAACUUUGGUGUGAUACUCCCAGAUUCUUCUCGGCAUAGCGGAGUACCUGAAGCACCAGAUCGUCCUACCAUCUCCACAGCCUCAGAGACUUCUGUUUACGUCACUUGGAUCCCACGUGCAAAUGGUGGAUCACCCAUCACUGCCUUUAAAGUAGAAUAUAAACGUAUGAACAGAAACAAUGAGUGGUUAAUUGCAGCUGAUAACUUCUCUCCUUCCAACCUUUCAGUGGAGGUUCGCAAUUUGGAUCCAGGAGCCCUAUAUAAGUUUCGUGUGAUUGCUAUUAAUAAUUAUGGGGAGAGUCCACGAAGUGCUGCAUCUCGGCCUUAUCAGGUAGCUGGCUUCACCAACCGAUUUUCUAACCGUCCCAUCACAGGGCCUCAUAUUGCUUAUACUGAGGCAGUCAGUGACACUCAGAUUAUGCUGAAGUGGACCUAUAUUACCUCCAGUAACAACAACACACCAAUCCAAGGAUUUUAUAUUUAUUAUCGUCCAACAGAUAGUGACAAUGAUAGUGAUUACAAGAGGGAUGUUGUGGAAGGCACAAAACAAUGGCACUUGAUAAGCCACCUGCAACCUGAAACAUCCUAUGACAUUAAAAUGCAAUGUUACAAUGAAGGAGGUGAAAGUGACUAUAGCAAUGUGAUGAUAUGUGAGACCAAAGUGAAGCGUACUCCUGGAGCAUCAGAAUAUCCAGUGAAGGACCUCAGUACGCCGCCUAAUUCUCCUGACCGUGGUGCUGGAAGCAAUGCUGGUCAACCCAGCGGUCCUGUCCGAAGCAGUGAUAUGCUGUACUUGAUUGUAGGCUGUGUCCUUGGCGUGAUGGUUCUCAUCCUCAUAGUCUUCAUUGCCAUGUGUUUGUGGAAAAACUGCCAGCAAAAUGUCAUGCAGAAGUAUGACCCUCCUGGUUAUCUCUACCAAAGUGCUGACAUCAAUGGGCAAAUGGUUGAAUAUACUACAUUGCCAGGCAUGAGUCGUAUCAAUGGCAGCAUACAUGGGAACUUUAUUAGUAAUGGAAACCACAGUAAUGGUUGCCUUCACCUCCAUCACAAGACUCCUAAUGGAAUGAAUGGGAUCAUGAAUGGUGUUGUGAAUGGAGGAAAUGGUGUUUAUCCUGGACACACAAACUCCUUAUCCAGAUCGCACAUGGAGUAUGAACACACCCACCACCUAGAAAAUGGCAGUGAAAUAUUCACACCGGUACCUCAGACAGAUCUUUCAGAGUGUGCCAAUUGCCGGAACUGUCGAAACAAUAACAGGUGUUUCACUAAAACGAGUGGCACUUUUGGCAGCAAUGCUGUACCUGUGAUGCCUGUCAUAGCACCUUAUCAGCAGGACAGUUUGGAAAUGAAACCAUUGAAUCCCAUCAUGGUUGCCAUGAGCUUAGCGCCCGCAAUCCCAGGAUGCAAUGCUGAAACGGAAGAAGACAAAGAGAAAAGGGAGCCCCCAUCUCCUCAGGAUUCUUGUUGCCAAGAAAAUGUGAAUCUGCUCAAUACAGACUGUAGAGACGAUAACAGCACACAAUCGGAAACCUCCACUCACAUGUUGAACUGGAGCCCUUUUAUUCUACAAUCUCUUUCUAAAGACUGCAAUGAACAGACAGAAGGGAUUUCAAAGGGGGGUUCAUUGGACAAUUUGGGGAGCCUCCAGGAGCUUCAAAUACAAAAAACUUAAGGACCCGAUGGAGGUUGCCCACUGAAAGCCAGUAACUGUGCAGCGAAGUCACUGAAAGGGACUGACAACAGGAUGUUAAUUAUGAGAAUUGCUAUUUAUUUUUUUGAUAAAUGUCCUAUGAAUGUAUGUUUUUAAAAGCCCUUUGUAUUAUUUAUGCCUUGAAAAAUUCCUACUUACGUCCCCAUGGUAAAAUCAUUAUGGCUAUCUGAAAGUAUGUAAUAAGCAUGGGAAACACACUUUUCCAUAGAAAAAUGAUGUUGCCAUGUGGUUAGAAAAUUAAGCAAAUCUGCUUAUUUGAACAAUUUACACCAAGUUUGCUCUGAUUAUUAUAGUUUGCCGUUUGGGAAAAUAUAAACAGGAUACUUCACUGCAAAUGAAAGCAUGAAAUGGGCAACAUAAUAUUACUGGAGCAGGAAUCAGUGGGAGAACCAUAGAUAGAGACCUUGGCCAUGGUUACUCAGUACUAAUGCCCCUUGCUACCAUUUGUUUUUGUCUCCCGGUGUUCUAUUAACAUCGUGGUCAGUUCAUGUACGGUUGGGGGGGGAGGGCAUAGCAAGAUGCUAUGCAAAAAACAUUAGAUAUGGAAAGGAUAGUUUGCUUCUGAGAUAAGAAAGCUGCCAAAAUGGUGCUGGAUUGGAAAGGGCUCCACCCCCCUAGUAUCUACUCCUAGGAAGAGAUAAAUGUGUGCAUAGAUGCAGUAUACCUUUUUAAAAAGUGUACUGCAUCAUAUUACUCCUCUGCAUAAAAUCCUUGUGGACUGUUUGACACAAGUUGGUUGAGAAACUGUUGUAUCUUGCCUGUUUGGUCACUAAACUAGAGCGUGGCACAAUCAACUUUAGAAGCUGAGGCCUCUGAUGAAAUAUGCUGGCAUUCCUUUAUGUUAGGUAUAACCUUAAAAGGCAAAUCCUUUUUCUUGGACAUUUCAAAGUUUGCGAUUCUUCUGUAUUUUAAUACAACAUGGAACUUGGAACAUAGGGACCAAAGCAAGGGUGCUCGGAUAGAGGUGUUGCAGAACAUCCCUGCUCCAUUGCUUUUUUCUAGCACUGUCUAUUAAGAAAUCUCCCUGUACCUCAAAAACAGUGGUGUCACAGAGCUAGCUGCAUAUUUCCAUCAUUUUUCAGUUAUAGAAUAAUAGAAUCCUAGAGUUGGAAGAGACCUCAAGGGCCAUCCAGUCCAACCACAUGCCAUACUGGGAAAUACAAUCAAAGAACUCCUGAUAGAUGGUCAUGAAACCUUCAGAGACUCCACCACCCCCUGAGGCAGAAUAUUCCACUGCCAAGCAGCUAAUAUCAUUAGGAAGGUCUUCAUAAUGUUUAGGUGGAAUCUCCUUUCUUGCCAUUUGAAGCCAUUGCUCCAUUGUGUCAGAGUCUCCAGGGCAGCAGAGAACAAGCUUGUCCCCUUCUCCUUAAUGUGGCAGCCUUUUAGAUAUUUAAACUUGGCUAUCAGGCCCUCACUCAGUCUUCUUUACUCCAAACUGAACAUAUUAUAGAGAGAACAAAAGUUGUAAAACCUUUCCAGGAAUCAGGCACAUAAUUUCAAAUGUACAGUUGCCCCAUUGCAAUUUGAAUUCAGGAAUCAGAAGCACCUGCUUUAGGGAGAGGUGGAAGAAUAAAGAAAAAGGGCAAAGGUGUCCCAAUGAAAAUUGAAAGCUUCUUAAGGAAGAGAUGCCCCACAGAUGUGGUUCACCUUGAGUAAAUAUGUGUUUGUGUGUGAGAGUGUGUGCGGGAGAGAUUUAAAUGGCCUUUGUAUUUUUAUAACUGUUGCAGCAAAUGUCAAAAGCUGUGUUUGUAUAUAGCGUGUGAUUAUUUUAUAUAAUAUAUGAUGUGAUGUAUAUUAUAUAGUUUUAUAAACAAGGUUUUCUAUUGAAAUGUGCUGUGUUAAUCUGGAUUACUAUGCAAGGACACUUUCUGAUAGCAAGUUGGUACAAAAAUUGACUCUGCAACAGGUCUUUUCUCCACUUAAGUUGGGAAUGGCUUUAGACUUCAAAGAAGCUACUUUUCAGUAACCCAAGACAUGGAGAGUCAUAUCCAUGCAAACUAGCUUGACUAAUUUGGAAUUAAAAUAGAUUCCUGUAUAGAAAGCAAGAAUAUUGAAAUGUUUUGAUGUGGGAAUUCAAGUGAAAUUAGCAUCACACAUCAAUCAAUUAGAGCUACAUCCAGCCCUUCUCAUUCACUGAGGUUAGGUGAAAUGGGGAAAAGGUGAAUGUUUUUAAACAAAAUAACACUGUCUUUAGCCUGAGUAUUACCUCUGAUGGAAAUGGUCCAUAGUGCUGUGCUGAAGGAUUUAAAGAUUCCUAUAGAUAACAUACUAAAAAAAUCUGUGAAUAAUCAAAUCCGCAAAAGUCAAAUCCACAAAUUUGGAGGGCCAACUGUACUUUGUUUCAGGAGAACCUUGGCAGGUAACUGGAUUUUUUUAGACUUUGAAUUGAGGUUCUUGUUUGGAGACUGAAAGAAUCUCUGAUCUGUCAUAGUAGCAGAAUCUCAUCAAGGCCUGUUUUAUUUAUAUUGUGUAACACUGUUUUAAGUGUUUUCACUUUUAUUGUAUUUUAUUUAUAAAUGUUAUAUAUUGGGUUCAUGUUAUAGAAAGAUUUUGUGUUUUCUAUCCAAACAUUGGUGUAUAUGAAUCUUAGAAAGCUUAUUGAUCAAAUCAUAGUUUGGUCAAGUACAAGUGCAUCUUCACAUUCUGCCCACAAUUUCUGACAAGUGCUCAUAUGUCUUGGAAACUAGAAGAAUGCUCUUCACUAUUGUACCAUUCUGUUUCAAUUUCUGUUGUUGCUGCAUUUUCAAAAAUUCAUGAAACACAAUUUUGUGGGCUUUUUGAAAAACCCGAGAGUACUUUCAUUAAACAUAAGGCAUCUUCCCUAACAUCCUUAGAAUCACAUCUUCCUAAUGUUUACCAGCAGCUUUGGAACCAGGUCAGCAAGAAGUGCAUUGUUCCAUUCACAUUGCAUGUUCAACAUUAUUUGAUUUCAUUUGAAUUUUUCUUUGGAUGUUUCUCUUGUGCAAAGUAUGCAAAGGUUUACUACCUUAGAGACUGAGAGGAUGUAGCUCGUCAAGACUUAGAAUCAGAAAGUUGGAAGGGACCCCAAGGGCCAUCCAGUCCAACCCCUUCUUCCAUAAAGAAACACAGUAUUCAAGCACCCCCGAUAGAUGUCAACCCAGCCUCUGUUUAAAAACCUCCAGAGAAGGAGACUCCACCACAUUCCAAGGCAACAUAUGCAAUUCCUAAACAGCCCUUAUCAUCAAGAGGUUCUUCCUAAUGUUUAGGUGGAAUCUCUUUUCCUGCAAUUUGAAUCUAUUGCUCUGUGUUCUUUUCUCCAGAGCAGCAGAAAACAGACUUGUCCUCUCCUCAUUGUGACAGCCUUUCAAAUAUUUAAACAUUGCUAUCAUAGCCUCUCUUAUGCUUCUUUUCUCCAAGCUAAAUACCCAGCUUCUAGAAGGACUUGGCUUCCAAAUCAUUGAUCAUUUUGGUCACCCUUCUUUGGAUGUAUUCUACACAUCUACACUGACCUUUGGUUGGUAUGUCUUUGCAUUAGCCCUGCAGUAGCUAAAUCCUGCACAGGGCAGAUCCAGUUUAACCCCACCCUUAAUGCUGCCUUGGGAAAGUCUGAAUCCUGAACCAGGAUUUGGGUUUACCCCAACUUAAAGGAUGUCAAGACAGCUGAUCCAGUUACUAACUGGAAAUAACACCACAGCAGCUCAGGUGGCCCAGGAACACAGGAUAGCAGUCCCCUCUUGCCCCACCCUCCACAUGUCACCAGUCACAACAAGCCAUCAAUCUUGCUUUGGGCACUCUGGCUGACGUUGACCAGAGCCCUGAUGACCAGGAUAGGUGGGGUGUUGUGGCUUUCCAGACACACUAAACCAUGUUUGGCACAGCUGGGACUUCUACUCCACGUUCAGGGAGCUCCUGUGUGACUGCCACGUAGGUUCAAUCCAACAUCCAGGAGGUCAAAUCAGGCCUGAGUUUUCAGUUAGUGUAGAAGGGGGUCUUGGUUUACUUCCUCAGAUGCAAGUAAACAAUUUAUGAAAUUUUAGGCUACCAGUUUGUUUUCUCGGUUAUUCUCCAAGGUGCUGCACGAUCCCUUUGCAUGCUAAUAAUUUAGACUAAUAUGGCUAUGUCUUUGAUUUCUUCUGUGCAAAGUCAAUUGUCAGUAUAGAAUACUAUGGCAAAGCAAGAUCUGCUUUAUCUGAUUUUAUCAGAUAAAUUAUUUCAGAUUUAGCAUAUGUUUGCAUGAGAAGGAAUUAUGAAAGAUGUUAACAGCAUGCAACUAAGGCAAACAAACAAAAAGCCCAAACACACAACUACAGCACUUCCCUCUUUUUGCUCACACCUUGGUUUUUGACUCAUCUGUGCUUUUGACAACUUAAACAUGAGUUGUACUGACAGAGCUUUUGGAAUUAUACAAUAGUUAAUCAUGUCAUAGGUAUUGUUGCAACUUGUUGUUUGGCUCCACCAACAUUGCUCUUGAUACUCAUCCUCGGCAUUUUAUAAGCAAGUAUGUCCUGUUGAAAUCUGUGCACUUGUAUAAUGCCAGUACCAGCAUCCUUUUGAGCUACUAAAAGAAAUUUAAUUUCUUAAACAAAUUUUCUAAUUGGGCAAUCCUGCAAUCAUUGGUCUUCAGUCUCAAGGUCUUCUCCACCUCCACUCUUUGAAAAGUUGCUUUGACUAAAUAAAAGUAUUGCUAUCUGAGCAAUAUGUGUUCUUAUAUUUUGUACAUUGAUUUGCAAAUAAACAAUUUAAAGGUGCAUGUCUUUUAUCAUAUAGAAAAAUACACUAUAUUUUUCCUUUCACGGUUAUAAUAGUCUGUUUUACAUUUGUACAUAUGUUUAUAUGAUGUAGUUUGUUGGGGCAGAAUUUUCCUUGUGUUUUUAAUAUUAAAGAGAAUGUGCUGCUUUUGUCUAA